AUGGAGAUCCAUUUGCCUGCAGUGCCCCUGGCAGAAAUCUUCAGCUAUCUGGACGGCUUCAGCUUGCUCCAGGCUGCCCAGGUGAACAAGAGCUGGAAUGUGGUCGCAGACAGGGAGAGCCUGUGGAGGAGGCUGUGUCUGAGGAAAUGGUGCUUCGGUGACGUCACCCGGGAACACCUGUGCACACAGCUAUGGCAGCAGCUGGGCGCGCAGACCUGGAAACAGUUCUUCCUCCACCGAACAAGGCAAGAACGCUGCAUGGAAUGGGCUCGGCUGGAUGACUUCAUCUACCGAGAAAUAGCUGGGGACUAUGGAGACUUUGGAUUUGUGAAGUAUCUCUCAGGAAGUGGUCUCACCAUGGAUGGACAAGGGAAGUCCAUCCUCUGCACGGUGUCUGAUAAGGGCACACUUUCUACCUGGGAUGCACAAGAGGGUAUUAUGAUCUGGUCAAGCCCAGUCCAGCAGAACUUCAUUAACAAUCUGGCUACCCUCCCUGAGAUGCAGCUUGCCAUCACUGCUGACAUGGAAAGAACCAUCAAAGUGUGGAACUGUUGUGAUAGGGAUGCUGUGGCCACUCAUAUCAUGCCCCAUGAAUGUUUUACUUUGAAAGCUUUUCUUACAAAGGAUGGCCCGUUCCUAUUGGUGGGCGAUUAUGAGGGCGACAUCUACACAUUUAUAAUUCCAUCAUUAUGGUGUGUUUCUAAAGUCAAAGCAUUUGAAUAUCCCGUUCAAUUCUUACACUGCUCUCCUGAUAACAGAUGGGUCUUUACAUCUAAGCUGCAUGAGAGCAUCUUGCCAAAGGUGUAUCUAACGGAAUGCUUACUGAAACCAUCAGAGUACUGCUCCCCUCUGUAUGCCUGUCUCCCAUUUCCAUUAUGCUUCAAAGCUUGCUGGACCCCAAGAAGGGAAAACAGAAUAACACUGAUGUACCGGACACACACCCACAAAUUCAUAGGAUUUAUCACCUUUGAUCUAAGAUUGGAGAAGAAUGGGAACAAAGAACGUGUCUUAGCACAGCAGAUUGCAAACUUCCUGUUGCCACCUCAUAUAGACUUUCCAAUGCUCAUGGGCAUCAGUGAUGAAAAUGUGAUUGUCUUUGGGAGUGGGCCAUAUCUGUUCCUCUACACCAUUGAUGGCCUCCAGCUGCAUCGAUUUGACAACCACCAGAACGACAUCACAACCUUAUGGGUGGAUUCUCUCCAUGUCCUCGCCACAUCUCAGGAUGGUUCUCUGCAUGUAUACAUGUGGGAAGAGGGAGGCCGUCACCUCAAGAGCUGCUGUCAUCUGGAAAACAUGAAGAGUCUGCCACCACACUGGUUACAGUGUAGGGGCCUGAGGCAGAAGGCAGAGGGCAAAAAGGCCAAAAGAAGCAGCUGGACCAGCUUCAAAAGACCGUUGGUGGGCCCCCACCAACUCCUGUAUCUCAUCUCAACACCUGGACCUGCUAUGAGGAAGAAAAACCACACCCCGCUGGGGGGAGGAGAUUCCCGCUCCUGGCCCGGCCAUGUGGGCAAAAGGAGAUAA